GAGAUCAGCCUCAGGACCCAGCGCUCAGCCUGCCCGCUUCCGCUUGCGCGCCCAGCCUAGGCCUGCCUCCGCCCGCUUCCCCAUGGGCAGCCCCGGCUCCCGACAGAGCCUCGUCUGCCCGCCCCGUCCAGGCCUCGCCUGCUGCUAUCUCCUAGCUCUCUUGGCCCUGGCCUCCGCCUGCUACAUCAGAACUGCCCCAUCGGGCGGGAAGCGCUCGGCGCCGGACAUGGACGUGCGCGAGUGCCUCCCCUGCGGCCCGGGAAGCAAAGGGCGCUGCUUCGGACCCAGCAUCUGCUGCGGGGAAGAGCUGGGCUGUUACGUGAGGGACCGCGAGGCCUGAGGUGCCAGAAAGAGCUACCUGCCCUCCCAGUGCCAAUCUGGCCAGAAACCCUGCAGGGAGCGGAGGCUUCAUGCGGCCGCCGGAUCUGCUGCAGCAGCGUGA